GAGAUGAACUUGUCGCAAAUCCUCCUAAUCCUCCAGGGUGUCUGGGUCUCCUCUGCUUCACACAGCGUCCAGCAGGCAGUCGGGAGAUCACACACAGCCCUCCCACCCAGCCACCUGCCCGCCUGCUUGUCUGCCUGGUGCCCACCCAACUUCACCCAUGGGGAAUAGCAAGAGCGGGGCACUGUCCAAGGAGAUCCUGGAGGACCUGCAGCUGAGCACCAAGUUCACGGAAGAGGAGUUGUGCACCUGGUACCAAUCCUUCCUGAAGGACUGCCCGAGCGGACGCAUCACCCGGCAGGAGUUCGAGAGCAUCUACUCCAAGUUCUUCCCUGAUGCAGACCCCAAGGCCUAUGCCCAGCACGUCUUCCGCAGCUUCGACUCCAACAGUGACGGCACGCUGGAUUUCAAGGAGUAUGUGAUCGCCCUGCACAUGACCACAGCGGGCAAGCCCAGCCAGAAGCUGGAGUGGGCUUUCUCCCUCUACGACGUGGAUGGCAAUGGGGCCAUCAGCAAGAAUGAGGUGUUGGAGAUCGUCAUGGCUAUUUUCAAAAUGAUCAACCCUGAGGACGUGAAGCACCUUCCUGAGGAUGAGAACACGCCCGAGAAGCGGACAGAAAAGAUCUGGAGUUUCUUCGGAAAGAAAGAGGGUGAUAAACUCACAGAGGAAGAAUUCAUUGAGGGGACCAUGGCCAAUAAGGAAAUUCUGCGCCUGAUCCAGUUCGAACCCCAAAAAGUGAAGGAAAGGAUAAAGAAGCAGUGAUGCCUACAGCUCAGCCCUCCUCACUGCCCCC